GAUGGCUACUACAGGAAGUAGGAAGUAGUAGCGGAGAGCGGAAACCUGGGCUACACGGGCUGAAGACCGGAAGAAUCUGUUAUAAAAAAAGUUGUAAACAAAAUUUACCGGCAGAGUUUGCCCCUGAGAGGAGGGCUAUGUUAACUGGGGUUUAGACUGGCGGCACCGGCGGAAGGGGUCGGUGUGAAGGGAAGCCUCGGCGCUACUGUCCCGGAAGUCAGAGGCGACAUUUGUGAUAAACUGACACCAUGCAACCUCGAGGACCCUGAUGCCCUGCACAGUGUCUGUGAUGGAAGGGGGGGGUAGUUACUCACAGCCUGAGCUACAACACGGAGCCAGCGGAAUGUGUUCAACAGCUGCUAUGCAAUACCAGCCCAGCCAGUUAGAAAUAGAGGCCCCGGCGCUGGCUGGUUCCCAGUGGACACAUUACCCAUAUUCACCUGCUCAUUGCUUGCCCCAUGCUCCUCUCACCAGCUCAGAUUCAUCACAGUUUAAUGGCCAAACAGAAUAUUAUAGUCGGAAUUUCUCGACUCCAUUCUCCAACUACUAUUCAGAGAGCCAAACGUACAUUCAGGACCCAAUCAAUUUUUUAAAUGAUUUUUCCAAUCCUUCUGCCCUGUCUUCCCCGGAUUCCCUAUCUGGCAUCACGGACACUGACGACUUUCUCCCAGCUGACAGUCUUAACAGUUUACCGACAAUUUGGGACGUCAACACACCUUCUCAGGACACCAGCACAUCGCUCUUUUCCCCCACUCGUCCAUUUGGAUUCAACCGCUUUGAGGACUUUCAGGCUAUAAUCAGUACUCCUCCUGUACAGCAACGGGCUCCAAAUGUGGUGGAGGAGGAAGAGGAAGAUGAAGACGCAGAGGAGCUGGGGCAUACUGAGACCUAUGCAGAUUACGUGCCUUCUAAAUCUAAAAUUGGCAUACAGCACCCUGAUCGUGUAGUAGAGACUAGCACUUUGUCCAGUGUUCCCCCGCCAGACGUCAGCUAUUCUCUGUUUCUCCCCAGUUCUGUCAUUGACAGGGGACUGCUUUCUGCUUUGCAGCUUGAAGCCAUUGUAUAUGCUUGCCAGCAACAUGAAGUAAUCCUACCUGGUGGACAGAGAGCUGGAUUUCUGAUUGGAGAUGGUGCUGGUGUUGGAAAGGGACGGACUGUUGCUGGCAUUAUAUUGGAAAACUACCUGAGGGGAAGAAAAAAAGCUCUGUGGUUUAGUGUAUCCAAUGACCUGCGCUGUGAUGCAGAGCGAGAUCUGCGUGACAUUGAUGCCAGUGGUAUUCCAAUACAUGCCCUCAGCAAGAUCAAAUAUGGAGACACAUCUGCCUCAGAAGGUGUCCUAUUUGCCACUUAUUCAGCACUUAUUGGUGAGAGUCAGGCUGGAGGACAACACCGUACACGAAUUAAACAGAUACGAGACUGGUGUGGUGAGAAUUUUGAUGGACUGAUUGUGUUCGAUGAAUGUCACAAAGCCAAAAAUGCUUCCUGCACCAAAAUGGGUCGUGCAGUACUAGAGCUUCAGAACAAUCUGCCUUUGGCACGAGUGGUAUAUGCUAGUGCCACAGGUGCAUCCGAGCCCAAGAAUAUGAUCUAUAUGAGCCGGUUGGGUAUCUGGGGAGAGGGCACGUCUUUCAGCACUUUUGAUGAGUUCUUGCACGCUAUUGAGAAAAGGGGUGUGGGCGCUAUGGAGAUUGUUGCCAUGGAUAUGAAGGUGAGCGGCAUGUACAUCGCAAGGCAGCUGAGCUUCACAGGUGUCAACUUCAGAAUCGAGGAAAUCCCCUUAAAUGAAUCUUAUAAAAAGAUUUACAAUCGAGCUGCCCUGCUGUGGGCCGAAGCACUGACUGUUUUCCAGACGGCUGCCGAUUGGCUAGGAUUGGAAUCGCGGAAAUCUCUCUGGGCUCAGUUCUGGUCAUCUCAUCAGAGAUUCUUUAAGUACUUGUGUAUAGCUGCUAAAGUUCAGCGGCUGGUUACGUUGGCCCACCAAGAUCUUGCCAAGGGCAAGUGUGUUGUAAUUGGUUUACAAUCUACUGGUGAAGCUCGUACCCGGGAAGUGAUGGAUGAAAAUGAUGGUCAUCUAGACCGCUUUGUGUCUGCUGCAGAGGGCGUGUUUAGGUCUUUGAUCAAAAAACACUUUCCUUCAAAUAAGAGGAAACGAGAGAAAGGCUUGCUGAAAAGGAAAAAAAGGGGAAAACAACGCACAGGAAAGUUUUCACGUUGUGAACUUGGUGGAUUAAUACGCAUCAGUGAGGAAAGCAGCUCUGAUUCUGAAGGAGUGCUGGACAGUGACUCUAAUUCCUCCCCUGAGUCCCUACAAGAUAACGAUGAUGUCAUCUUUGUAGAACACACCUUAAAUGGGCUCACGAUACCUGACCGUGGCCCGGAACAGGUUGAGCAAAUGAAGAUGGAUCUUUUGGCCAAGGUGGAGGAAUUGGGCAAGGAGCUACCUCUCAACACUUUAGACAUGCUUAUAGACCAGCUUGGAGGUCCAGACAAGGUGGCUGAGAUGACUGGCAGGAAGGGUCGUGUGGUUCGCCACAGUGAUGGAUCUCUCGGAUAUGAAUCUCGAGCCGAGCAGAAUUUAUCCAUAGAUAAUAUCAAUUUAAGGGAAAAGGAACGUUUUAUGAAUGGGAGUAAGCUGGUGGCAAUUAUUUCUGAAGCUUCGAGUUCAGGUAUUUCACUACAGGCCGACCGGCGGGUACCAAAUCAACGUCGACGGGUACACAUGACACUGGAACUGCCAUGGAGUGCAGAUAGAGCCAUACAACAAUUUGGUCGUACUCACCGCUCUAACCAGGUGUCUGCUCCUGAGUACGUUUUCCUCAUAUCAGAACUUGCUGGAGAGAGGCGGUUUGCUUCUAUUGUGGCUAAGAGACUGGAAAGCUUGGGUGCCCUGACUCAUGGGGACCGGAGAGCCACAGAGUCUAGAGAUCUUAGCAAGUACAACUUUGAGAAUAAGUAUGGGUCAAGAUCACUGGAACAGAUAUUAUCAGCUAUCCUAAACCAGACACAAAGGGAUGUGCCUCCUCCACAGGGGUACCCAGGAGGCCCUGCUGCAUUCUUCCAGGAUAUGAAGCAGGGUCUGCUUUCUGUUGGAAUUUGCUGUAAAGAGACAAAGUACAACGUCGUUGUUGAUAAAGAGUGUUCAGUAACAAAGUUUCUGAAUCGGAUGCUGGGCCUAGAAGUUCACAAACAAAACAGCCUUUUUCAGUUUUUCACUGACACAUUUGACUAUAUAAUUGAAAAGGACAAGAAGGAUGGCAAAUAUGACAUGGGUAUCCUAGAUUUGGCACCUGGAGUUGAUGAAAUAUAUCAAGAGAGUAAAGAAAUUUUCCUGACCCCUGGGCAUCCACAGGAUGGACAAGUUGUGUUUUACAAAAUCAGCGUGGACAGAGGUUUGAGUUGGGAAAAGGCACAGGAAAAAUCUUUGCAGCUGCAAGAACCAGAGGAAGGCUUUUACUUGUCCUUCAAGGUUCGUGGUGAAAUGUACUCAGCAGUUCUGGCUGAGCAUAGACACGGGAAGUCAUAUAACUUGUAUAAACCAAACAUAGGGAAACAGAGCCAUCCGGAAACCUUGGAUAGUCUGCGGAAUAAAUACUACAAGGUUUCUCCAGAAGACGCUCAGAAGCAUUGGGAACGUCAGUAUAUAUUCUCUUUGAGCAACUGCAGUCACACAGUUUGGAAUGGAAACUGCAAGCUGGUACAGCAGGGAAAAGAAUGUAUACAAGGGCUACGUCUUCGGCAUUAUUACAUGUUGUGUGGUUCUCUGCUGCGUGUCUGGAGUCGGAUGGCAUCUGUCAUUUCUGACAUCACCAGCAGUAGCUACCUACAGAUUGUACGCUUAAAAACCAAGGAUAAGCAUAAACAAGUUGGUAUUCAAAUUCCAGAGCCUUGUGUAUAUAAAGUACGGGACGAGCUGAAACAAAUGGAUAUGAAUGUAAAGAGAAAACAUGAGGAAUCUAAACAGGCUGCUGAGCGUCUCUCAAUGCCCCCCAUGUUGUCUGGAUCCCCUUUGGACCUUUCAUUAUCUUUUUUCCGUCCGCCCUCGCUCCCAGAACCUGAUGUUUUGGACCUGACUUUCAGUCCUCUGACUUCCAAUUUGCAGGAACAGAGUGGAUAUCAUUUCGGUGACCCUCUUGGGAGCAUCCUGUCCCCCAAUGAAAGUCUCCAGAGCCAGCAGUUUAAUGUCCGAGAAAUCAUAGAAGAAAUGCUUCAAAAACUAAAAGCGCCAGAUCAGUCUCCAGAGCGUCAGAGUGUCAUUCAGUUUGGAGGAGAGAACGGCUUCUGGGGUACAGGCUGAUGUGUGGGCCUUUUCUCCUGAUAACAGACCAGCGGCUAUGCCCCACAGCACUGCUGUAACACUCCAGAACCAUUUGUGGAAGAAGCCAUGAUUGCCCAUUUUGCUUGGAUUUUAACCAACCGUGUUCAUCAAACUAUUUGCGCUAUACCACAACAAGGAGAGGUGACAUCUGAACUUUCAGAGUCCAAAACUAGCCGUGCACCAUACCAUCAUAUCAGAGGACCAAGUGUCACAGGGAUGCUAGUCUCUGACAGCCCCCAUCUACAGUACUUACUAACACAUCCAUUGCCCAGCCGCAGCCUGUACUUGUUUUUGUUUGGGGCCCAACUGCAGAAAGCAGACUGGGAACCCUGCACUGUUUGUUUCUGUUCUCAGUCCCUGGUCAACCUAGCAUAGUUUUGGAUUUCUGUUCAGUGUAAGUAGGUUCUUCUGUGUUCAGAGCUGACUCCUUACAGCGCUCAGCACUUUAUUGUCUUCUCUGCAGAGCUUUACACACUGCUGGCUCAAAGAGCCACAAGCAAUAGCAUGUGUGAACAGUAUAAAA